GUACGGUAUUAUUAAGAGAUUAUUUCGAUAACUAUUCAAUUAGGGUCGUCCUGGUUCUCCAAAAUAAAAAAAUAAAAUUUUUUAAGGGACUUGGCGUUCUGCGCUAGGUAUAUCGAUGCUAUGUAAACGUGAUUCUAAAAAGUUGCUAGAUUCCAUGUCUUUUCUAGCGCCCUUGAGAGGACUCGGAUAGUUCGAAACGUGAUAGCUUCACGCAUUAUCAUAGCUAAGCCUUAAUGAGUAUAAAUGCUUGUCUUAAAGCUAAGGAGGCGAUCAUCUAGUUAGAUCUGAAAAGUGGGAACAUCUAGAUGCUGGAAUGCGAUUGGAUACGAAACUAUUUCUCUCUGUUUUGUCCAUCGUUUCGGAAACUUCGGACGAUAUUUCACGCAAAAUAGAAGCUGUUGGUUCAAAGUCGGCAUGAUGGCUGGUGUAACUGAUAUUGAGACGCACGACCUGCUGCAGGCCAAAGAACUUGCUUCAGCCAAAAUGGUGUAUAUAAGACUCGAAAUGAAUCGCAGUUCAGCAAUUCUACUCUUGUCUGCACCACACCAAAACCUCCAACUACUAUCCAUUUAAUCCACAAUUCCCUUCUAUUGUCUUGAGGACAGCCCUGGUGGUAUAUUUUUAACGUCAUAAUUCCUGUUUAUUAACUCCCCAAGUCGUCAAAAUGCGGUACUCACUUAUUGCUACUUCCAGCCUUCUUGCCACUGUUUAUAGUCACGGUCUUGUGACAUCUAUCAAAGGAGCAAAUGGCGUAGUGAUGCCCGGACUGAGCGUUGCCGAUGGUACGCCCCGAGACUGCAGUUCCAACUCUUGCGGGUCACAGGCCGAUACAGCAAUCAUCAGAGAUCGUGAGAUAGAAUCGGGCAAGGCGAGUGCUCUGGGCCGGACCCAAGGUAACGGACCCAUCGACGCCGCCGUCAUGAUCCAGAGUUUCAUGGGAGCAGGCACAACGGUUCCAACCAACAAUGGUUCUGCUGCUGCCACCGGUGUGGAGGACAACAUUCCGGGGAACGUAGCAAAGAAGAGCACCUCCUCCCCUCGAGGACUGAGCGACUUGCUUUCAGGGCUUACUGGUGGUCGCACUAGUAGUAACAAAGCUAAGACCGGCGCGGGCAACAAGACCGAGACGCCUGAAGAAACCUCGGUUGCCGCCACGGCUGGACAGGGUGCCACGUCGGGUCUCCCUACAUGUGCGGAUGAUGGUUCAAUCACCAUGACAUUCCGACAAAUCAACCAAGAUGGUGCUGGUCCGAUGGAGGCCGCCGUCGACGGAACCUCGGGCGGUCAGGACCCUAACGCGUUCAAGACCGCCGAAGUAACUCAGGAUGUUCCGGGCCUAGGUUUCCUAGGACUAUCCACGGCCACUAAUACGGACUUUCCUUUGACCGUACAGAUGCCCGAGGGGAUGACCUGCGACGCUACCGUCGGUGACGCUCAGAACGUCUGCAUCGUGAGAGUUCGAAACCAAGCCAUUGCAGGACCGUUUGGAGGCUCAGCGGCUUUUACACAGUCCCCUGCUGCACGCAAGCGGGCAAUCACCUAUCGCUUAAAGAAGCGCAACGGCGCUAAGCAGAACCGCCGCCUCCGAUAAAUAAUUCAAGAGCUAUUAUGUAUGAUAUAUGAAGAUUGGCGUUGGGUUAUAGAUAUGCUAGGAAAGCGUGUUUGGAUUGUAUUCAUAUGGAAGGUUUAGGAUUAUCGUUUAGUUAGAUCAUCUUGAUCAUCUUGAUUAUUGAUCUUAAUGAUGUUUAAGUGACGUCAAUUCAUCGUUAGCGUCAAAGCUUGGCCCUGUUCAGCAC